UCCGUUCUCGCGGCAGUCCGACGCCGGUCGCGCAGUCAGCAUGGUUGGAUUUUCGCGCAGUUUUUCACCGGUCCUUCCGUGCUGAGGCUUCCGACUUGAAGGCUCCACGUCGUCUCCAGUUGCUCGCGGUCGUGCGUGGGGUCGAUACGCGUCGCGCACAACCCCGGCGAAGUGUCGUACGACGUGACAACGAAGAGCGAGUAGCCCGAGCGAUCCGCGACGCCAGAUGCAUGAACCUAACCUCGAAGCACAAAGACCCGCUUUCUCGCUUGCUGCACGAGAGACGUUUACGAGAUCCCGUCGAUGUUAUAUUACGACGCGAGUCUCUUCUCCGAAUUUUCGCGGGAGUUUCCGUGAUUUCUCGGAACGCGAUCGAUUUCAUGCGACAGCGCCGGUAAACAACAGGACGGAGGGAAGGGAAACGAGAAGAAGUCUGAAGUUGACUGCGUACGUCUUUGCGUCGUAAAAAUAUUUCCGCAGGGCAUCUCUCGUCGGUUGGUGAUGUGAGUGAUUGACGAAGAGUGGAGCGAGAGAGAGAGAGAGAUAAGAGAAGUGACUCGUAAAUGACAGUGUGUAGUGAGAGAGAAGCGAUUCGAAAGGACAAAGAGAAAGGUUCCGGCGAGCCGUAAAUCUUGACCACGAGAGAGGAAAGAAGAAAGAGAGUUCCUCCCAUCCCUUCGUUUUCUCCGAACCGAAACCGCCGAAUUCUAUAGAAUUUUCUUCGUGACGAGCGAUACCAUGGGAUUCGUGGUACUCCCCGACGCUGCGCGAGGAGGGUCGCCGACGCAAAGAGAUAAACUUUGAAAAUUGUUUCGCGUAGGAAGGCGAGAGCAUCGCGUCUGUACAUCGUUUCUAAUUGACAGAUAGAGGAGGGAGAGCCAGCGGCGGGUAACUAGAACCGGGAAUGAGAAGAGGGUGGAAGACACGGAACGUUCGAAAUUUACGAGUGAGUCGGUUUGCUUGUACGUCGUAGGGUCCAAGGUGGUGUCUAGGGGCGGUCGUGUGCACCAUAACAAAUGGUUGAGCCGUGAACCGACUCGCCGUGAAACGACACCGGAAACAGGCGGUAGCUAUUCGGCGAGAGCGAAAAUAGGAAAGGUCCGCGAAAACUCGGUAAGAACACGCGGAUGUGAGACUUUUCGAGACACGGCCCGUCUGCUCGUCUCUUUCGCGUAGAACGCGGAAUUCUCAACCGAGAGGAGAAUAACGGAGCCGCAAUUUGUCGUGCCUGAAAUUGCGCAACGUCCGGGAUUCCUGAUCGACGAUGAGACGGCGCGCGUUUUUCGCGAGAGAGCUUCGCCUCGCGAGUUUUUAAUUCGCGCGCGAUCGGGAUCCCUUGAAAGGAUGACGAGACGUCGCGCGGCUCGACAUUGAGAGACUUUCGUGAAGCAUCCGAUCCACGAUAAUCCGGCCAGAUGGGUUAAAGGCGGAAUUCCGCGAUCGACGGCGCGAUCUUCGUGCUGCUUUUGCAAAAUGGCGAUCGUAGCGCGCUCUCGAAAGUGCAACAAGUGGCGUGCGGAUCCUCGAUGCUGAGACGUCAUCGAUGUUACCCCGAUAGACGGACGAGGAGGCGAUUUGAUCCAGGACCGAUCAAGACCCGGGGGGGGGAGGCGGGAGGGUUGGAUCGUCGUUGUUUUCUACGGAUGUGCGCGAUGAACCGGCGAGAUUAAGCGCGUCUAAUGAACUCUGAAUCCGUUUCUCUCUCCCGCCUCGAGUACGAUCGCCUCGAAAUUUCUUCGUCGGGGUGUGGGCUUUCUUUGCCGGACUAAGUAGAUUUAUCUUGGCCAACGAAUCGAGAGUCGAGAAGCUUCGAUCCGAUGCUGUUGCUUAACCUCGUCAAAGUGUACUUCAUUGAUCGUGAGAUCGAAAGAUAGUCGAGGAGUAUCUCCGACCUGGGAUUUUAACUGAAUUCCGGCUGGUUUUUCUCUCGAAUAUAUACGUAUAUACGUACCGAUACCGUCGAUGAGAUGCAUAUAUAAAUUAGAGAAUAAUUUAUACGACGCUUCUCCAAAGGCGCGAGAAGGUCUAAUAAUAAUAAUAAGUUAAUAUACGUAUUGAUAAACGCGUUGGAACAUCGCAGAGUCGUCAAUAUUACGCAUAUUAAUUAAUGCUCGAAGCGAGUCCAUGGCGACGAAGACGCUCGACGUUGAGCAGACGAAAGAGACACUCUCCGGGAAUUGUCAACGAUUCUUGAAACUGUCGCGGAAUCACCUGGAAUAUUUGGAUCCACUGAACAACGUCGCAACGGCGUGCCGCAGGCAAACGCGUCCGCUGACUCGCUCAAGGACGGACACCUUGCGAUAAUCCACGUCAAGGCGUUGUCGCAUUCGCAGAGGAACGUCGUCGAGGAAGACGAUGGUGAUGAGGAUAACCGCGAGCGAAGCUGGCGUUCCUCUAUUAGGCGCCGUUGGUCCGCGCUACGUCGUCAAGCAGGCGACGGUGAAGCGAUGCGUCCUGGCGCUACUUCUCAUCUCCAUCGCCAGCAUAUUUUACUACACCCAUUACAUCAUCAGCAGCGGCCCGCUGUCCAGUUUGAUACGCCGAGAUACGAGGCCAGAGCCAGCGAUACGAUGUUCGACUCUAAGAGGAGCGACUAGACUGCCGUCAGCGCCAGACCAUCGUAGUGAAGCUCGAUUAAGGAUAGACCCGAAGGUGCUGGUCUUCGUAGAAACUCUAUACUCGAGACUGGGCCGAGAGAUAGCUGAACUGCUAGUUUAUAAUCGAAUAAAGUACAAAGUGGAAGUGACCGGUAAAUCUUUACCAGUGCUGACGAAUCUUGAUAAAGGUCGAUAUGGCGUACUGAUCUUUGAAAAUCUAAAUAAGUAUCUGCAGAUGGAUAAAUGGAAUCGCGAGCUACUGGACAAAUACUGCAGGGAAUAUUCAGUUGGCAUCGUGGGUUUUGCUCCUCCUGGAGAAGAGAGCCUAGUUGGUGCUCAGCUUAAGGGCUUUCCACUUUUUAUACAUACAAAUCUUAGAUUGAAGGAUGCUCAGCUGAAUGCGGCGUCUCCCAUUCUUCGAUUAACCAGAGCAGGGGAAACGGCCUGGGGACCACUUCCUGGCGGUGACUGGACUAUUUUUCAGGCCAAUCACAGCACCUACGAGCCGCUCGCUUGGGCGCAUCGAGACAGUCUGGACUAUCCGGCCAACAAAAGUCCCCUAGCCACCGUCGUCCAGGAUCAUGGCAGAUACGACGGAAUUCAAAGAGUUCUUUUCGGCGGUGGUCUGAGAUUUUGGCUGCACAAAUUACUACUACUGGAUUCGUUGUCUUAUUUGUCGCACGGACAAUUAAGUCUGAGUUUGAAUCGCAUGAUCCUGGUGGACAUUGACGAUAUAUUCGUCGGCGAAAAAAGCACCAGAUUAAAAAAGGACGAUGUAAUGGCAUUAUUGGCCACUCAGCAGAGGAUUCAAGCUCUGGUGCCGGGGUUUAAGUUCAAUUUGGGGUUUUCCGGGAAGUAUUUUCAUCACGGGACAACGGAGGAGAAUUUGGGGGACGACAUGCUUUUAGAGAACGUAGACAGAUUUAUGUGGUUUUCCCACAUGUGGAACCACCAACAACCGCAUCUGUACGAGAAUGUAACUCAUCUACAAUUGGACAUGGCGUUGAACAAGCAAUUCGCAAAGGACCACGGUAUACCAACCGGAAGCGGGUACAGCGUAAGUCCGCAUCACUCCGGCGUUUACCCGGUCCAUGAAGGCCUCUACGAAGCGUGGAAACGAGUAUGGAACAUCAAGGUCACGAGCACCGAAGAGUAUCCGCAUCUGAGGCCGGCACGUUUAAGACGCGGCUUCAUUCAUCGUAACAUUAAGGUCCUACCGAGGCAAACUUGUGGCCUUUUUACUCACACGAUUUUUAUCGAGAGGUAUCCAGGCGGAAGGGAAAAGCUGGACGAGUCGAUACAGGGCGGUGAACUUUUCCAAACGAUCGUAUAUAAUCCGAUAAAUAUUUUUAUGACGCAUAUGUCGAAUUAUGGAAACGAUCGAUUGGCUUCGUACACUUUCGAGUCGGUUAUAAAAUUCAUUCAGUGUUGGACGAAUUUAAGACUAUCCAGUGCACCGCCACUCCAACUUGGGGAACGUUAUUUUCAGUUAUAUCCUGAAGAGGCCGAUCCAGUAUGGGGAAAUCCAUGCGACGAUCAGAGACAUCAAAAGAUUUGGUCUCGUAAUAAAACUUGCGAUCAAUUGCCGCGAUUUCUAGUAAUCGGACCUCAAAAAACCGGCACCACGGCAUUGUACACGUUUCUAUCUAUUCAUCCAGCAAUAAGCAGCAAUUUACCGAGUCCCGAUACCUUUGAAGAGAUACAGUUUUUCAAUGGAAAGAAUUAUUACAAAGGUCUUGAUUGGUACAUGAGCUUUUUUCCGGCGUCAAAAAAUGAGAGUUCUCGAUAUCUGUUUGAGAAAUCUGCUACUUAUUUCGAUGGAGAAUUAGUGCCCCGAAGGACCCACGCGCUUCUUCCGAAAGCUAAACUAAUCACUAUAUUGUUGUCUCCAGCUAGACGUGCUUAUUCAUGGUACCAGCAUACCAGAGUGCACGGAGAUCCGGUAGCGAACAAUUACUCCUUCCAUGAAGUUAUUACGGCGAGCGAUUCCGCGCCGAAACCCUUGCGGGACCUUAGAAAUAGGUGUCUAAAUCCCGGAAAAUACGCCCAGCAUUUAGAGAGAUGGUUAUCGUUUUAUUUACCGCAGCAAUUACACAUCAUUGAUGGCGAACAAUUACGACAAAAUCCCGUGGAAACUCUGCACGAACUGCAACGAUUUUUGAAGAUAACACCAGCGUUUAAUUAUUCCUCCCAUCUAAGAUACGACCCGAAAAAGGGUUUCUUUUGCCAAGUAACCAAUGAAGAUCGCACUAAAUGUCUGGGCAAAAGUAAAGGUCGCCAGUAUCCACCAAUGGAAGAUAGAUCGUACAAAUUAUUACAGAGGUAUUAUUUAUCUCACAACACGGCUUUGGUGAAAUUAUUAAAGCGACUUGGCUCCAGAACGAUCCCGCAGUGGCUGAAGGAAGAUCUCACCGACACUGUGAUGACCUAGCAAACGCCAAUUACGUGAAACUCCAGAGUUUCCCAGCUACUUGCUUCCGCUGUCAGCGAAAUACAUCGUUUGCUAAUGGAAGACCUGUAAAUUAAUGUACAUUGGAAACUCCACUGGAUUUUACAUUUAAUAGAAGAAAGACCAUGACUGGCCUAUCUCAGUGGAUUGGCCUAAUCUAAUUGGAGGGAGUUUGUAAAAGCUAGUCACUAAGAGGCUUUAUGAAGCCACAAUUGUAAUUGUCGAUCAUUGUUAAGCUAAAAUAACAUUAUUAAUAGAUUAUUAUUUUUUUAAUUUUAUUACUAUUAUAUUAUUACACAAUACAACAAACAAAAUAAUUAUUUCCAUUAGUUUAUUAUGAGGCGACUGCCUCUGUAGCAUAUCAUAGUAUCAAUUAUUUGUAUCUAUUAAAUCUUAAUUUUUUUUAAAUGUAAAGAUUGGCCACUUUGAGCCAAUCUUUACAUUUGAAAAAAAUUUAGAUUUAAUAGAUACAAAUGAUUGAUACUAUAAUGUGUGCUAUAGAGGCAGUCACCUCAUAAUAAACUAAUGGAACUUAAUAAUUAUCAAAAAGUUUGAUUUUGUUGUAAUGUGUUAUUAUUAUUGUCAUCAUUACCGCAUCGUAUAAAUGAGAUAUUAUAAGAAUGUAUAGUUCACUGGUGCCGUUGCUCAUUUCAGCAAUUGUGAUUAGGCGCCCCUUUCGUCCUAUUUACCAAUGCAUAAGUUGGGCCAAGAAAAAGCCGACUAAUGCAAUCAUUUUGCAUUCGGCUUGAAAUUCAUUUAAAAAAAGAAAGGUAUAUCUUACAAAAAUGUUACGGACCUGUUUUUAGCAAAUUUGUGAUACAAAGACAAAGAAAAAUUUAUAUAACAGAAGACAAAAUAUAUAUCCAUGAACUAGAAAUUUAUAAAAAAGAGAAAUCUGAGUAAAUGAAUUUUUACUACAAUAUCAAACGUGAUAUAUGCGUGUUAUGUACAAAUUAUAUCGAAGAAUACUCUUCAACUAUAAACGCAAUAUUUUAGAAAAUUAAAAUUCCAUUUCCUCAAUAUUAGACUUGUCCAAAUCAUGUUUUGAGAAAUAUAUACUUUUCAUGUGUAAAGAUCAUUGGUGAAUUGUACUGGGUUUUUUUUAUAUACAUAUAUCAGGCGGUUCAUCGAUUGUUCUUUUCGCAUUAAUCGCCGGAACGUCCAUACGAGCGUAGAAUUUCAGGGCUGAGCCCAUCAACUUUCGGAGAUACAGUGUAUGCUAAGUCUCGUUGCAUAUUUAAUAUCAAUGAUGAUGGCGAUAAUGACGAGAAGUCUGUAUAUUUUGACAAUACUAUUCUUGGUACCGGCGAUAUGGAAAAGCUAACAAAAGGUGUGUGAUCGCGUCCGUUUAUAUAUUGAUGUAAUUGUAUUAUUUUGACGUUAAAUGUAUUAUACAAAAAAAGGGCACAUGAGACGUAUCCGAGAUAAAUUUCAAAGUUUGCCGAUUUCGGAUGUAAUGGCCCGUUUGCAAUAAUCAAUGCUAUCAGAGUCAAAACUCGAAUGCGAAUAUUAGAUUGAUAAACAUGAAAAACUACGCAGAUUACCUGCUGACAAAUUAUAUAUGAAAUUAUGCAUGUGUCAAGAUUUUAAAAUUUGUCGCGUGUUGUACUUGAAUAAAUCGUGGAUUUGAAAAGUGUUGUAAAGAAUAGCACUAGGUUUGAUCUUUCAGCUUAAGUCCAAAUAAUGUAUAACAAUUUUUCAAGAUUACUUAUCAGUAUAUUUUUUUCACUUUCGAAAUAUGAAUAACCGAAUGCAUUCUUGUAUGUAUGUGUGCGUGUAUGUGUAUAUCUAAUUGCUCGUUUUGGAGUGAUGUUCAUGCAAAAUAUCUAUUUUAUUGUACCUCAAAAGAACAUAGAUUGAAAAUCAGUCCAACGAGAUUUUGCUGAUUGAGAAGAAUGCUAAUGAGAUCUGGUUUAUAUUGCAUAUAUCUUUUUUUUUGUUAUUUAUUGGUCAUAUAUACGUAUGUAUAUUA